AUGCAGCAUAAGCAUGAAGCCAUGGCUGUCGGGGCAUCUCCACGCACAGAAAGGAUACGCUCAAACGCUGAAGACCAGUGCCACGCCGAUGAAGGUCCUCAAGCGCUGGAACUGGAGCAUGUCGAGCAGACCCCCUUCUACACUCCGGUUUAUUCGCGAAAGUAUGUAUGGACCUGUGUUCUCUCCGCUUCGAUCGGAGGUAUCCUCUUCGGAUACGACACCGGUGUUAUCUCGAGUGCCUUGGUAUUGUUCCAUUCAGAUCUGGGCCACCCUCUCGACAACGCCGAAAAGCAGCUUUUGACGAGUCUGACUGGAGGGGGUGCUUUUGUGGGUGCUUUGUUGGCGGCUUUCGUUACUGACGCAGUCGGCCGAAAGAUGGUGAUCGGAAUUGGCUGCAUCUGGUUUACUGUUGGCUCGGUAGUUGCCGCCUCAGCAUAUUCGGUUCUGCUAAUGGGAAUUGCCCGGUUUAUCAUUGGAGUUGGGAUCGGUUUUGAGACGAUGAUCACACCUAUCUAUAUUGCAGAGCUUUCUCCAUCGUCACUACGCGGUCGGAUGAUUACAAUUUACUCCAUGGCCGUCACUGGUGGACAGGCUUUAGCUUACGCUGGCGGCACUAUAUUCUCUCACGUUGAUCUAGGAUGGCGAUAUUUGUUUGCACUCGGAGCACUCCCAGCGCUGGCACAAGUUGCACUGUUCCCCGUGUAUCCUGAGACACCUCGACAUCUUAUCUAUCGUGGCCGUAUUGAGGACUCUGUGGUUGUUUUGCAACAACUCUAUCCUCGAAGCCCACCAUCAGAUAUUCAGAGACUCGGACAGAUCAUUCGCGAGGAUGUCAACCAUUCCGUAUCCUUUGAUCAAGGGGCUCGCCGGCUGAUGUGGUCGUGUAAGCAGCUUUGGCUUGUCCCUUCUAACCUUCGAUCUUUGAUUUCAGCCUGCGGUUUGAUGGCAGUGCAGCAGCUCUGUGGCUUUAAUUCUUUAAUGUAUUAUUCUGCAACGCUUUUUGCCGCCGUUGGCCUCACCAAUCCCACCGCUGCUAGCCUCAUCGUCUCCGGGACAAACUUCUUCUUCACUAUUGUAGCACUUUUCUUCGUCGACUGGGGUCGCCGUCGAAUGCUCGUAUGGACACUAUGGGGGCUUCCACUCGCCCUAGCCAUGGCUGCCGUGGCAUUCUCGCAUAUCCCAUUGAACUCGGCCUUGGAACUGCAAGGCGAGGCCCCAUCAUGGGCUAAAGCUCUAGCCCUUGCCUCUUUGUCUAUCUUUGUAUCCUUCUACGCGAUUGCAUUGGGAAAUAUUCCUUGGACAGCGAAUGAGCUUCUUGCCCUAGAGGUUCGGGCGCUUGGCACUUCUUUGCUGACAAUGGUUUGCUGGGGCUGCAACAUCAUAGUAUCCGCCACCUUUCUCUCCCUAGUCGGCCGAUUAACUGCUGCCGGGGCAUUUGGAUUAUAUGCUGGAUUAUGCUUUGCAGGUUGGCUUCUUGUGAUAUUCACCUAUCCAGAGACUGCUGGCCUGGGGCUGGAAAGCAUUCGAGAGAUUUUCAAGGACGGAUUUGGUAUCCGUUUUGCGAACCAGAGGCAGCGUACCAGGCGGCACGGGUCCCAUAGUCGAAUGUGA